AUGACCUAGGCACCUAGCAGCAGUUGGCCCGCAAGCGAGGGACGGAGGGAGGGCGACCGCGACACCUGCCAGUGCGCCGCGCCGCCGGCUGCCGGCGACUGCCCCCACGCUCCUGCCAGGGACUGCUCCGCCCCCUGUCGCUCGACUUCCCCCCACCCCCGGGCCCCCAAGUUCCCAGACAGCCGGCAGUCCCCGCCUCCCGCCUCCCCGCUGCUCAGGACAGCCGGUGCUGCUCUAGGCGGACGCCGCCGCAGCUCUACAGCCUCUACUCCGGCCUCUCCUCGACUCCCCGUCUCCCAGCGCAACCAGCAGUCCGUCCGUCCAAAGGACAGGGCACUCGAGCACGCCGCCGCCGCCCACACAUCGUCAUACGCUCCUCCUCCACCGCCGAAGCCCUCCACUACAACACCGCUCUCCGCUGCCAACCACAUCCUGCAAUCUUGCACGCCUCCGACGCUUCAAACAACUUAACUACCGGCUGCCCUUUUCCGCAACCCUCUCCCCUUCCGCCUUUUUAUCUUCACUCUUCUCUUGGCCUGAUUCCAACAAGGAAAUUCUAAAACCUAAUCAAUCUGCAUCGCUUCUGAUCCUUCAGCCAUGCAUCUCACUCUUGAAUUCGGGGGCGGUCUGGAGCUUCUCCUAGAGAAAUCCACCAAGGUACACAAGGUGGAUGUCCAGCCCAGGGACGGUGAAGACAAGGCCACUAUGAAGGGAUUGCUCUCUUGGGUGAAGUCCAAUUUGAUCAAGGAGCGGCCAGAGAUGUUCAUCAAGGAUGACUCUGUGAGGCCUGGGGUUCUUGUCCUUAUAAAUGACUGCGACUGGGAGUUGUGUGGAGGCCUUGAUGCAGAGUUGGAAGAUAAGGACGUGGUUGUCUUCAUCUCCACACUGCACGGUGGUUAAUUUUACUUCUACUGUAGGCUACCGAUGGUAUUGCGAUCUGUGGAAAAGAAACUAAAUGCACUGUAAUUUUCAAUGUCACUGUAACCUUCUCCUUGUUUCACUAUCUAAGUGAAGGAUCAACUGGUUAUUAUGGACCUACUCAUUACUACUAUAACCAGGAUGCUCCUCCCCCUUUGUGAUGGUUUUGGAACAGUUAAGGUACCUGAAGAUGUGUAAAAUACCAUCAGUGGGAAAACUAUUUGGACGAUGAAACUGAUUAGAAAAUCUCAUAUGGGCAAACUGGCGGUACUGUAAAAUGGGCAGUACCAUUAUAUUGUCCAUCGCAAUAGCAAGUUCAGUGCAGUAGUGUGUUUGAUACCAUCA